UAGAAAAAAAAAGCUGUAAUGGCGUCUUGUAGGAUAUUCAUGAUCAUCGCCAUUGUUGCAGUCUUUGUUCCUUCAAUCUUGGCAACAGAACAUAUGGUUGGUGACCAGAAAGGUUGGACCCUAGGCUUUAAUUAUCAAAGUUGGGCUCAGGGAAAAGCAUUUUACGUGGGAGACAAACUAGUUUUCAAGUAUACGCCAGGAGCACACAAUGUGUUGAGCGUUAAUGGAACUGGAUUUGAAGAGUGCAAGGCAGCUGAUGAUAUUGUGCCCUUGACUACAGGAAAUGAUGUGAUUCCACUCUCAACUCCUGGGAAGAAAUGGUACAUUUGCAGUGUGCCCGGACACUGUGAAUCUGGGAACCAGAAACUUUUCAUAACUGUGUUGUCUCAACUGUCAUCUCCAGCAACAUCACCUUUUCCCGGCCCAACUGAAACCUCCCCAUCCGGAGCAGCAGGCAACAUUGCUUCUACAUGCUACGGGUUGAUUGCGGCCAUUGUAGGCAUCUUUGGGAUGAUCAUGUUUUAA